UGUAAGAGUUUUAUUUUUCUUUACUUUUCUCUUUUAGAAAAUUUUGGAGUAAAUCAGAGGGGAGGGCUGGGGAUAUAGCUAAGGGAGUCCAGAGAGAAAGGAAGAAAGGAAGAAGUUAAUGUAUAGAAGGGGUAGAGGAGGUAGAGAUGGUGGAGGAGGAGGAAUCGUCAUUUAUGGGGCACCUCCUGUAUGCCAGGUACUGUGCUGAGCACUUACAAGUAUGAUUUCAUUGGAUCCUCACAACCCUGGGAAGUAGAAGUUCCUCAUUGUCCCUGUUUUAUAGUGGAGGAAACCGAGGCAGGUUAAGGCGCCUGUCCAGGAGUGCCCCGCCAGGAGCCGCGGCUGGCUUUGACUCCAGGCCCGGUGCUCUAUCCACCACUCCAGCAGAAGCCUGAAGGGAUUAGAGACAGGCCAGAGAGGGCUGUAAGGCAGCGCUGACUCGUGUCCAGAGGCCGCUGUAGGGCGCAGACGUCUUUUCCGUUUCACCACAGGUCCCAUCUCCUUUGGCGCUCUCUGGGGCUCUCCCAGCACCCAGCACUGACUGGGUUGGGUUUUGCUCCUUUUUCCUUCCUGUUUACGCUGUUUGGGCGACCGAUCGCAUGCGUUGGCUUGCAGCUCCGGCUGCCUGUUUUGCACCGGGCUUCUCCAGGUGCUUCGUUUUUGCCAUUUCCUGUAGCUCAGUCACAUUCCUGGGCUCCGUGGCCCAGGGCUCACGUCAGCUCCAGCAUCCUGUGUGCAUCUCAUAAAUAGUCAGCGUAGCCGACCCGAAGGCAGGAGAGGCUGCUUGUGGCCGAGCUCUGGCCUUGGUGGGAGGAGGACCUCUUCAGAGCAGCCGCCACGUUCUCGCUAGAGAAGGCCCUGCAGUGGCGUGACCCCCACAGGUCAUCACUCCAUGUCGGAAGCUUAUCUUGUGCGCCGAUAACAGGAAGGAGAUGGAGGAUUGGAUCGCGGCCCUGAAGACUGUGCAGAACCGGGAGCAUUUUGAGUCCACCCAGUACAGCAUGGACCACUUCUCGGGCAUGCACAAUUGGUACGCCUGCUCCCAUGCAAGGCCCACGUACUGCAAUGUGUGCCGGGAGGCGCUGUCCGGGGUCACGUCCCAUGGGCUGUCUUGUGAAGUGUGCAAGUUCAAAGCCCACAAGCGCUGUGCUGUCCGGGCAACCAACAACUGCAAGUGGACGACGCUGGCUUCGAUCGGAAAGGACAUCCGCGAGGACGAGGAUGGGAUCUCGAUGCCCCAUCAGUGGCUGGAAGGAAACCUCCCUGUGAGCGCCAAGUGCACGGUGUGUGAGAAGACGUGCGGCAGCGUGCUUCGGCUGCAGGACUGGCGCUGCCUGUGGUGUAAGGCCAUGGUACAUACGUCAUGCAAGGAUUCACUGCUGGCCAAGUGCCCCCUGGGCCUGUGCAAAGUGUCCGUCAUUCCCCCGACCGCCCUGAACAGCAUCGAUUCUGAUGGCUUCUGGAAAGCCACGUGUCCGCCAUCUUGUACAAGCCCACUGCUGGUCUUUGUUAAUUCCAAAAGUGGAGACAACCAGGGAGUGAAGUUUCUGAGAAGAUUCAAGCAGCUGCUUAAUCCAGCCCAGGUCUUUGACCUCAUGAAUGGAGGACCCCACCUUGGUUUACGUUUGUUCCAGAAGUUUGACACUUUCCGGAUUCUGGUGUGUGGUGGGGAUGGGAGUGUCGGAUGGGUCCUCUCUGAGAUUGACAGCCUCAACCUUCACAAGCAGUGUCAGCUGGGAGUGUUGCCUCUCGGGACAGGAAACGACCUGGCUCGCGUGCUGGGCUGGGGCUCCGCCUGUGACGAUGACACCCAGCUCCCCCAGAUCUUGGAGAAGCUGGAGAGAGCCAGCACCAAAAUGCUUGAUCGGUGGAGCAUCAUGGUGUAUGAAACGAAGCUCCCUCGGCAAGCGUCCUCUUCCACGGUGCCAGAAGACUUCAGUGAGGAUUCAGAGGUAGUCCAGCAGAUUCUCUUCUAUGAAGACUCGGUGGCUGCUCACUUGUCCAAAAUCUUGACUUCGGAUCAGCAUUCUGUGGUCAUCUCCUCCGCCAAGGUGCUCUGUGAAACUGUGAAAGACUUUGUGGCACGAGUGGGGAAGGCCUACGAGAAAGCCACGGAGGGCUCCGAGGAGUCCGAAGUCAUGGCCAGGAAGUGCUCUGUGCUCAAAGAGAAGCUGGACUCUCUCCUUAAGACGCUGAAUGAGGAGUCCCAAGCCUCCUCCUCCCUGCCCAACCCCCCUCCCACCAUCGCAGAAGAGAUGGAAGAUGGUGACGGCUCUGGUGGGAUCUGCGCCUCCUCCACUGACCGCUCCAUAGGGCCGGCCUGCCCGGCACGGCCCCAGAUAUUCCGGCCUCGGGAGCAGCUCAUGUUGAGAGCCAACAGCCUGAAGAAAGCUAUUCGCCAGAUCAUAGAACAUGCAGAAAAAGCUGUCGAUGAGCAGAACGCCCAGACCCAGGAGCAGGAAGGCUUCAUCUUGGGGCUCUCUGCUGCCAAUGAAGGCAGAGAACCCAAGGCGGAGGACAAGGCCCCCCUACAGUCAUCUCAUGGCGGCAACGGCAGCGUUUCCCGAGGGAGGAGCCAUCGCAAAGUGUCCAAAUCCCCUUGUGAAAAGCUAAUAAACAAAGGAAGUUUGUCACUGGGCAGCUCGGCAUCGCUCCCUCCCCAGACGGGAAACCGCGACAGCUUGCCAAUGCUGAACACAAAGAUUCUGUACCCAAAUAUCCGGGCUGGGAUGUCCGGCUCCUUACCUGGGGGCUCUGUCAUCAGUCGUUUGCUAAUCAAUGCAGAUCCCUUUAACACUGAACCAGAAAACUUAGAAUGUUACACAGAGAAAUGUGUCAUGAAUAACUAUUUUGGAAUUGGGCUUGAUGCAAAGAUCUCCCUGGAUUUCAAUAACAAGCGUGAUGAGCACCCAGAAAAAUGCAGGAGCCGUACCAAGAACAUGAUGUGGUAUGGGGUUCUGGGGACUAAGGAAUUACUACAUCGCACCUAUAGAAACUUGGAGCAGAAGGUCUUGCUGGAGUGCGACGGGCGUCCCAUCCCGCUGCCCAGCCUUCAGGGUAUCGCUGUCCUCAACAUCCCCAGCUAUGCCGGAGGCACCAACUUCUGGGGAGGUACCAAGGAAGAUGACACGUUCACAGCCCCGUCCUUCGAUGACAAGGUCUUGGAAGUGGUGGCUGUCUUUGGCAGCAUGCAGAUGGCCGUCUCCCGUGUCAUUAAUUUGCAACACCACCGGAUUGCCCAGUGUCGAACUGUGAAGAUCGCCAUCCUGGGCGAUGAGGGCGUCCCAGUACAGGUGGAUGGAGAGGCCUGGAUCCAGCCCCCCGGCUACAUCCAGAUUGUUCACAAGAACCGGGCACAGACUCUGACCAGGGAUCGGGCAUUUGAGAGCACCCUAAAAUCCUGGGAAGAUAAGCAGAAAUGUGAGCUCUCACGCCCGCCCUCCUUCUCUCUGCACCCUGAGAUCAUGUCUGAAGAGGAGUCCACACAGAUGCACCAGUUUGGCCAGGCAGCGGGGGCCCUCAUCCACAGCAUCCGGGAAAUAGCUCAGUCGUGUCAAGAUAUGGAGCAGGAACUGGCCCAUGCCGUCAAUGCCAGCUCCAAAUCAAUCAACAGAGUCUAUGGGAAAUCCAAGGCCACUGAGGGGCUAAACUGCACUUUUGUCCUGGAAAUGGUAAACAACAUCCGUGCCCUCCAUAAUGAGACCGAGCUGCUGCUCACUGGGAAGAUGGCCCUGCAGCUUGAGCCGCCCCACAAGGAGCAGCUCGGGGCGGCCCUGGCGGACAUGGACCUCCAGCUGAGAAGGCUGGCCGACAUUCCCUGGCUGUGGCAGCUCAUGGAGCCCAGUGAUGACGAGAAUCCCACGAUGCUGGACUUCAACAAACGCGGCCGCAGUGGCAAAUUUCGCCUGGUGACCAAAUUCAAAAAGGAGAAAAGCAGCAAGAACAAAGAGAUACGCGGCAGCAGCAGCGGCACCAGCCUCCCUGUUCACGUCUGGGGCACGGAGGAGGUUGCGGCCUGGCUUGAGCACCUCAGUCUUUGUGAGUAUAGAGAUAUCUUCAUCCGCCACGACAUCCGGGGCCCCGAGCUCCUGCAGCUCGAGCGGAGGGACCUCAAGGACCUCGGGGUGACCAAAGUGGGCCACAUGAAGAGGAUCCUCCAUGGAAUCAGGGAGCUGAGCCGCAGCACUCCUGCCAGCGAGGCCUAGCCAGCAUCUUCGCAGCAUGCUCCUGCCCCUCCUCCCCCCACUGAAGCAUCCGCCACAGGGCCUUCUGGGCAGGGCAGCUAGCAAAGCUUAUAUCAUGGUGCUACUCUCUUCCACGUGGGUACAGCUCAUCAGGAGGACCCUUGCCCGCCCAGUGGAUGGAGGACACUUGUGAGUGCUCACCUCCAGCCCCCGGGCAGGUCUUAACCACAGCAACACAGCUACCUUCCAAACAGAGGCCGGCAUCCUCAUAGCUGCGAGAGCCUUCACAGCAGGCAGAACUCAUGGCUGCCAGGGAUGCUCUAGAGCCCAGCUCUGCCCCGCAGCAGGGGUGAGCAGCCCCUGGGCUCCACAGCUUUGCAGUUGUUCCUGUGACCCCUCCCCAGAGGAUCCAGCGUGAUUGUCCUGGCUUUCCAGGUCAUGGGUCUAAGGCCGAUCCAUGUUGCAGCCGGGAGGAGAACGUGGGCUCUCCACCUCUAUCCUGGGGCUUCUCAGAAACCAUCCUCACUGCUCCUCCCCCGCCAGCAGAGCCCCGCUACCUUCGCAAGCUCUCCAGCCCGGAAAUCCUUCUCCCACCAAGCAUGUUUUAGAGAGUCAGGAGAACAUAGUCUCCGUUCCUGUGGGGAUGGAGUGAAGGCACCUCAUGUCAACGAGGGAAACAUCCCACCCCGCCUCUGGCAGGCUUGCUUGGCAGUGCUGACCCCCUUGAGAAGGAGGCAUGGGGCCCUCUCAUCAGCUGAAAGCAUUGUGCUCUUUCUCUCUUGACCAUUUUAAUGGGCAUGGAAACCAGAAGAGAAGCAUGUGCCUGGCCGCCUGUUUAUUCACCCCGUCACUGUGGCUCCUUGCCUCCUUCAUCUUUCACAAGAUCUCACUCUCAGGAGGGUCACAAAUCCGUUCUAUUCCAGCGAUAUUUAUGAAGUACAGCUGUGUCCCGUGCAGGGGGUGUUUGGGGGGGGGCUGGGGGUCCAAAGACCAGGCUGUCCCUGUCCUCACGGAGCCAACAAGGUCGACGGGAACAGAGUCUGGCCACGUCAGGCACCGGAGGCUGGAGAGAUCACACCUGUGCUCGCCUCUCGCUGACUCCCGGCUUACCUGAUCAUCACAGAUCAUUAAUGAACCAGUGCAGAACUGCUUUUGAGAAAAUUAAUGAGCAGAAGUGACCAGAAGCUACGACCAGCGAGGAGAGUUGAGCUGCAUGUCGGGUAGUCAGACAUCGGGAUCCCGUGUUUCUAGGACAGCUGAUCCCAUCGAGCUUGAAGGCCGUGAGAGAUGAGCCAGUAUUUGGGGGUCCUGGGCCCCUCCGGGAAGCAGUCUGGGGACACCUGUGUACCCCUUCUCAGAAGCCUGGCCCUAAGUGCAAACAGCAGGAUACAAAGGAUUUUCGAGGAGCCAAUUGUAUCGAUAGACAGUCACCAAAAUAUUUCAUAACUUUGACAGGCCACAGGUUAAGCACCCCUGGUGUAGACCCAGCCCCUCAUUUUACAGAGUAGGAAACUGAGGCCAUACUGACCUAGGUUGGUGAGUGGGCUUGAUGCCUCGUGAUCCUAAAACCUGCCCAUGGAAUAGAAGGCAGGCCCCCCAGCCCUGGCCAGCUGAGGGCAGAGUCCAUCCCUCCUGUCCAGGGCUUGCCAGUCCCCUCUGUCUUCACACACAGUCGUCUGGCCACACUUGGCUUAUUCUGUGCAGAAGGCCGUGUUCUUGGGGACAUCCCCCUGCGUUUGCUGUUCUGCCAAGCAACAGCCUUGGUCUGUGGAGAGAAGGACCUUCCAGGCCAGUGCUUCCCUGGAAGUGCUUCACUCCUCCCCAGGUCAGGAGUGCAGAGGGAGGGCUCUGGCACCUGGCGCCACUGGGCGGGGGCAUUCGUUUCCAAAAGGGCUGUCAUCGUUGGAUUAGAAUCUUGUGCUGGGCAUUCCCAAGCACCACCUCCCCUCCCCAGACACACACACACAUAGAUACACAUUGUCACACACUCACACUGUGACUGUCACACACAGUCACACACAUGCUGUCAGACACACACAGAUAACAGAAUGUGACUGUCACACACAGAUACAUACACUCACUGUGACACAUACACAGAUACACACUCACACUGUGACUGUCACACACGGAUACAUA